AUGGAGCUGGACAUGGCAGGCAAGGAAAACACGGAACUCAGCGCUGGCGACCGGUGGGCGGAGCCGGCCCCGGGCCUUCGGAAGAAUCUGGGGAUCCUCUCCGUCGAUCAGGUCAGAUUCCCCCGGGGUGCAGUUUUAUCCUUGUUCUGAUGGCGGGGCUGGCCAUCUGGACGAUUUUUGACGGGGAAAAUCUGUUUCCGAUGUGCUUAUUUUCGUUUCCUCUCGAAGUUCGAAUAUGAAUUGAAGUAAGAAACCGCAAGGCUUGCACGCCAUAAAUUUGAUUUGAUUUGAUUUGAUUUUGGGCUUGGUUUUCAAUGGCAAUUAUCCGGGAGCUGCGCCCAAAAUGUGCAGGAAUAUUUGAUUACGGUAUAUACGAUCCCUAUGAUUACGGUAUAUACGCCCAAAACCGCAAGCGAUAGCUUACUGCUAAAGGAUUCCUCUAAUUUUUGUGGUCUUAUAAUUGAUGUACCUUUUAUGUUUUCGAUUGCCAAGGUCUCUAUAAAUACGGCAAAGGAAAAUCAAGGGACAGUUAAAUUUUCUUUUUAAAAUCAUGUUUGAUGAUUAGUGCUUUGUAAGUCUUGUCUGGCUUGUUUCCAUUCGCAUCAUUAGUAGCUUCUCCUUCAUGUCAGUUGAAUGCGCGGGUACCUGUGUUAUGAGGUCAACGAAAUCAUUGGUACGCUGAUCUGCAAAGACUCGGGCUGAUUGAAGCUUUCCUGCGUUUUUAUCAUUGAUGUACAUGGGAUCAUUUACAACAUUAUUUUCGCAUGUAUUUUAUCUUCUGAAUUUGGUUGAAAAUAAGUUUUUUAAUUAAAUGGAAGAUUACUUUAUUAUAAUGGGCAAAUAGGCUUUGACUUGUCGCCCAAAAGAGUGGUACUAGGCUAUGGCGUGAAACUCAACGUUUUCCGGUUCCCUCCCUUGAGGUAAAAGAAUUCCAGCUCUUUCUUUUGUAACCUCAUGAGCUACGAGACAUAAUGCAGAUUACAAUAAUGGAAAUAAUGCACAUGAGAUUUCUAACCUCAUGAGCUACGAGACAGCAGUCUCUAAUAAGCAACUAUUUGCAGGAAUCAGAUAAAAACUUUCAGCUCUUUCUUUUGUGACCUUCAUCACAAUAAAAUGCAGAUUGCUCGAUUUUUCGCAUAUCAGAACCACAUUUAAUGUUCCUAGGAGCUCUUAUUUCCAUAUCAUUGAUCUACAGAUUGAACUUGCGAAAUUAUUGCUCAGUGAGGGACAAAAUCAUCUGUUCGAUCAUUGGUCAGAUCCAGGUGUGGACGAUGGAAGGAAAAUCAGUUUCUUUGAUCAGGUAUGCUUUGUCAAUCAUCUUUAUAUCAUCUAUGUUUUUAUAUUUUUAGGAAAUAAAAAGAGACUUCUCAAAAUGAAUUUUUUUUGGAGAGACCACUUCUUUUGUCCCUUGUUCCCAUAACUGUUUCCAUACUCUUACUAUAAUGCGAGGUCUACUGUAGAUACUGAAAUGGAUUCGUCCUGUGCAUGGUUUUUUUUUUUAAUCUUUCACCCAAAACAACCUUUACACUUAUGGAGACGUCCUCUCUCUAUGUAUGAGAAGAUAAUGUGGAGAUUUGUCCUGUUGUUAGCAUUUGUUGGGAACGAAAAUUCCUGACAUAGACACUAAUGAGAGAUUAAUAGAGUGGAAAAAGAGAAGCUUACCUGAACCCCUUGUCAACUUGGGAGGAGGGGAAUGAGGCAGUGGAGGUAAGACCUCCACCCGUGUAAUGUGUCCAACAAAACGUCCAUCUUCGUUUUGGCACCAGCCUAGAUCCACUGGCUCACUUUACGCAGGUCUUGCAUUCUCUUUAGCAAAAUACAAACAUGGUUGCAUAGGGGACUGUGGCUUGUGGAUGUGAGGGUGAACUUGUAAGUGACCAUGGUAACAUCUACAAAAAAGGAAAAGAGAAGAGAAAGAGGAAAGAAGAAUGAGAGGAAAUUUACAGCACAACUAAGAGAUUAUCUGAAAGUGGACUGACAUAACAUUCUUGAAUCAGGAGCUUGGCUGCAGCUGAGGUUAAAAUGUAUCACAACAGCAUCUAUGAUAUCCUAUGUAUCUCUGAUUUUUUCACCUGUCCUUAUUAGAUGAUCCUCCUUUGGACCGCUUGAAUUCCCUUAAAUGUGGAGUGACGUACGAAUAUCACUGACCUGAUAGAUCAUGGAAAGCACUUCUCGUGCUCGUUUCUAUUUCCUUUUCUUUUUUUCUUUUUUUCAAAGUCGAGGGAAAGAAUGAGAGAAGAGUGUUGUAUUGUUCCCUGUGUGAGGAAAGAAUGUAGAAUACAUUCACUCCCCUUCGGAGGUUUCUCCGGGGAUUUGCCCAUGGAAUCGUCGGUCCGAUCCUAACAGGAGGAGAGGAAGAAGUUCCAUCACCUAAACCAUUCCUUGCUUCUUAUGAAUUUCGGGGGAAUUCACCCUUCACCCUAAAUGCCUCCCUAUCGGGUAAGCGAAUGCCCCUCUGAGCCUGAAAGCCCACACACACAAAUCCCCCUUUGCUUAUUAUAACCCACUAACCCAGAGGGGGAAUCCACCCCGUCACCCUAAAACUUGGUAACCAGGGGACGAGUUUACCCUGGGCCCCAAAAGUCAGGUCAGGCCUAAAACCGUGCUAUGUUUUAAUGGUUCAACCCACCCUGUUGCUGAAAAGUCUUCUAACUUUUAGUGGCGAAUCCACCUAAUUGGACUAUUCCAAGAUCCACCAAGGUAAUAUUUUGUUUAUGGUGAAGCUUUUAUAUUUGUGCCGCUUCUGUAGAUGGAUUACCUAGUGUCUAACUUUUAAAAAAAAGAAAAAAAAAUCAGAGUUAUAGAAAUAUCAAAGAAAAAGCUGUAAAUAAAUUAUGAAAUAAAUGCUGCCCUAGGAGGUAUCUUGUUUAUUGAAAAGAGUAAAUCAUAUCUAACAAAUUAACAUUCUUUCCUUCUUUUAUUUCUCCAAAUAGCAUAUCUACUUAAAAUUUCCCCAGAAUAUGACCAUAACUCGCAAAGGAAUGCUUGAAACUUUUUGAACAGUAAUCUGAUGAACCUAAAGAAUGACACCGUUACAAGACAGUGAAAAUAUUUUAACUAUAGUAAUGGUCAAAUAAAACGUAGAAACAUUCAAGCUAUGAUUUACCCUCGCCAGUAAAAAUGCACCACUUACAUCCCCUCCGAAACAUUAUUUUCGAGGUGGUUAUAAAAGUAUUUUUUUGGUUCCCAGGAUAUAAUUAAUAUUGACUAGUGUCAAUGGGGAGUAUCCUGAAUGUUACCCAGAGGCCCAUCAGUUGAUUCCAAAAGAAAAUAUUAUAUUUUAUAACUUAAAUUUUUGCAUUGCUUCUGAAGCAACAUUUUUUUAAUUGUCUGAAGUCACACAUAAAAUUCCUUGCUGUUGCAAUUAUCUCGUUGAAUGCUAGACAGAUGUGGAAAUUGAACAUUAAAAUCGUAAAUAAUCUAAUGACUUUUAUCUGCUUGUUGAGACCUUAGUUGUCCUUAUUGAAUAUUCAACUUCCGCAUCAUAAAAAUGUUGCAGCAGAUGGAGCAAUCUAAUAUCAUGUUUUCUCUUUGAACGAACCCUUUGGUUCGAUGUGCAUUAUCGCCACAACAGCAGAAUAAGUCUGGAGAGACCUCAGUUUUCUGGAUUUCAUUCGUUGAUUUCCUUUCCAGGCUCAAUUAUAAUGCUUUCUUUCUUCCUGGAGUUUCAACCUUUCAGUUUUCUGAUGUUAAUUAAUGUGCUUAAACCUUUCAUGUUAGUUUUUAGUAUUCGUAUCAUAAUAAACAUGGUUAAGAAUUUUCUAAUAAUCUGGGGAACUUGCUUCUUAUUCAUCUGCUGUACCUCAUCGUUCUAGGUUACUCGGCUCAAUGGAAGUUACCCUGGCGGAUUAGUUGCAUACAUUAGAAACGCAAGGAAACUCCUUGCUGAUUCAAAAGCAGGAAGGAAUCCAUUUGAUGGCUUCACACCUUCUGUAAGUGUCCUGUUCUCUCAUAUCUGUAUCUUCUUUUUUCUUCGAAUACUUUGUCUGAUAUUCUGAUCUAAAACAAUUACAAUGGACCUUUAUUUGAGAGCUAUUACCUGCAAAAUUAGAUGGAGGUACUGUGAAGUAUAUUAUUUUAUGUAGUAUUUUCAGAUAUACAAACUGACGAAACAUACUCAAACUUUGAGAUAUAUUAAAUGGAAUAAACGUGACUUUGAUUUUAACACUCAUCUCUAGAAAUCUUCUUUUGAGCCUUUUCUUACUUAUUCACGAAUUCUUUAAGGUCAAGCUGUAAAGGUCAGAAUAAAAUAUACUGUUUGUCUACUUGUUAGUUAACGGAAUAUGGAGGGGCUUGGGGGUGUCCCAUGUUCAGCCUCAAUGGUGCCCACUGUCCCCACUGAAGUGAAGUUUUUUCCUUUGACUAGUCAACCACCAUGCAUACUGAGAGUAACCUUAGGAUGCAUACGGAUUUCUUGGGUUGAGUCAUUAAUCUUGAAAUUGGAUCAAAGUUUUUGAUGGCAGAUUAUUAACUAAGGGGCCAUUUGAUAUUUCUGCAAUAUAAUGUGCGAAACGUAAGAAGUCACUCUCUGAAAUUGGUACUAAGAAAAAUAGAUGAGUGAAGGAGUCAGAUUAGUCCGAUAGAAGAAAAGUCUAAUCCGCUAAUGAAAAAAUAUAUUUUACGAGGACUAAUGGGAGAAGUUGAGGUGUUUUCAAGCACAAUGAAGGAAAAUUUUAUCAAAUAGUUGUCAUGAUACUAAACCUGGUAUACCGGUUAAAAGGAUAACCUUGUUGAUUAUGAUUUCUAUCUGGUUUAAAAGAAGAAAGGCAGGAACGUUUAUAACUAUGUGGGCUCUAGAAAUAACGAUGGGGAAAGAAAAUCCUUAUGUUGUGAGAUUCACCCACAAUGAUUGUUAAUCAAUUGAGGUAGCAUGCUGUGGGGAUGGACGUACUUGGUUUAUCGCAUUCAAACCUAAAAUGGGCAAAGAAUUACUUUGUUGGUGUCCCAUUUUUGUAUGAAGAGGGAAUUUUGUGAACAACUAAUUUUCAAGGCCCUAGUUGGGUAUGGAAAGGCCCUAGUUUAACUGUUGUUGAAACAAAAUUUUAUACGCAGAAAUUAAUCACACGAGAAACUCAAAGUUUAUAGUGUGUUUCUCUUGUGCUUUACUUGUUGGUGUUGCAUGUUUAAAGAUAGCAGAAACAUUUUGCAUCAUGGAGAAAAUUGCACCUUUGUAAAGAUAGUAAAAUAUUCUUAGGCCAAUGAAAACUAUUCAGAGGACUUUUAAUUACACUCAUGCUGUAUUUGAGGAUUUUUUUAUACCUAUAAUUAGGGUUAUGGAAAUGUGAAACUUGAAAAUUAAAAAAAUCAGAAAAUAAAUGUGGCAUAUUCUAUGGCAUUGAAGGUGACGAUGCAUCGAUGUGAGCCUAAUCAUGAUACGCUUCUUAUCCAGGUUCCCUCUGGGGAGAUUCUUACAUUUGGCGAUGACAACUUUGUUAACUUUGAAGAGGUCGGGGUAAAAGAAGUUCGAAAUGCUGCAUUUGUCCUUGUUGCAGGAGGCCUUGGGGAACGACUUGGCUACAGAGGAAUUAAGGUAGUACAAAGCACCCUGCUUAUUUCUUACCAUUCCUUUCAUUUAAAUGUUGUUUUUCCUUCAUGUACCAUUUAUUUGAGGGAUGUAAAUAGAUAUUGCUUUAUGACUCCCAGGUGAAUGUUUUUUGCACAAUGUGCACUGGAUGAUAUGGUCAUGAAUUAAAAAUGAUAUAUACAUCAAAGUGGGUCAGUGGUGAAUAAUGACGUAAUCAACUAAACCUGUACUAAUACAUGCUUUGAUAUUGCAGUUAUCUCUUCCUUCAGAAACGACAACAGGCACAUGUUUCUUGCAACAUUAUAUAGAAUAUAUUCUCGCAUUACAAGAUGCGAGCUGUAGUCUUGUACAAGGUCAGGAAAAUAUUUACUUUUACCACAUAAAUGUACAUGGGUGCUUUCUGUUUUGGACCUUGCAUUUGUUCUGAAUUUUUUAUUUCACAUUUUUUAUGUUUCUGACUAUUUAAGUUCUAGCAAUUAUCAUGCUAGUUUCUCGCAAAGGUAUUUUGUAUCUAAUGAACUCCUGAAAAGGUGUUUCUAAUAUGCUAUUUGAUUGGUUAUAAUAAUAAUAAAAAACGUCUAGAUUCAGAAUUUUUUCACUUAGGAUAUGAAGAGAAGAGGUAUCAUCUCUUGACUACCAUAUUCUUAUACCCUUGCUAUUUACCCCUAGGUCAGGUCAUGCAUUGACGUUGGAGAGGGAAACUGGUUGAGUCCGGUGUUUGACUGAUGACGAGGAAUGUUUCUUAUAUACUAAUUUUGCUUACCAGUGAAAUUUCACAACCCAGGAAAAAUUAUUGAACGCGGACUUUUCUCUGGCUUUCAUAAUGUCAGCCUCUAAGUUUUUCAACUCUACAAACUAUCAUUGGUUGAACACAUUCUGCACCAUAUUACUUUUUUUUGUGGUAUAUUGGAAAAUACUUUUUCAAGAUGUUGUUAGCAAGCAUAGAAAUUAAAAAUGUUUUCUAAAUCUUAUGGAAUACGGUGAUAAUUCGUGCAAGGAGGUCCUUUGCAUUUAUAGUCCAAAAUAAUCAUGGCAAAGUUCCCUGAUAUGCCCUUGAACAUGUUCCAUUAAAUACUAUAUAUAAGAAGCCUAUUUGAAUGGUCGAUGUUGUAGUAGUAAACGUUCUAGUCCAACAAAGGUGGUUGACACUGUUUUUGUGGAUGAAUUUAUAAAGUAUCAUUAACCAAUGAGAACCAAAGAUUGGAUGACACUUUUUUCACAUUUCAAUACAUACUUGAAAUUCGUUAUUGGUGACUCAUUGAAAAAUCGUUAUUCUUUACUUCCCAAAUAAAAUUAGUUACUAUUGCAGGCCGGCUGAUAUUUGUAAUGUGUACACUUUUUUAUUAACUGUAUAUUUUAAUUACGAAGUAAUGUUAUACCUAUCAAAAUUAGUAGAUCGAUUCCAUAUAAGAUUUCUAGUAUGGUACUGUCCAAUUUGAGUUUUUUUUUUCAGGUCAUCUAGUCCGAAAAAUCAUUGAAUCUCGUUAUAAAUAAUCACUUCUGUCAAAAUGAGAUUUCUCUCACCUUUACAUUAAGAAUAAAUUAAAUAUUUCUACCGCUAAUUAUAUUAUAUUUCAUAGCUUGACUUUCAAAAUAAUUUAUGUAUCCAAAUUAGUUAAUAUCAUAGUAUUAAUCUUGAAGAGGUCCUGGACCCCUAAUCUGUCUUCUAUUUCUUGCCAAAAUUCGUGUUUCAGUUUUUUAAUGACAGCAUGGUGAUUUUAUCACUUUUCAGGUCAGGACCAAACUCGAAUUCCGUUGGUGAUAAUGACAUCAGAUGACACUCAUGAAUCAACAAUGCAGCUUUUGAAGUUAAAUUCUUAUUUUGGAAUGGAGUCUACCCAAGUGAAACUUCUUAAGCAGGUAGCCGUUUGUUUUAAUUUUCAUUUGAUGCCCUUGAUACUUCGAUACUCUCAGGAGAAAAUUUACUCAAUCUUGAACUAAUGUUUGAAUUCAGGACAUAAUAAUCAUCCAGCAGAAAAUGAACGAGUGGUGAGAAUUUUCAAGCAAUCUUUGUCUGAGUCUCUAACUAUCCGAAAAUAUGUUUAUGUACCCUUCUUCACAUGUAAAUGCUAUUAUAGUUUGUAAGCUAAUCUCCAUAGCCUGAUCUUGCUCUUAAAAUAAUCAACUGAGAUCUCAGUCUACUCAGUUGUGGCUUAGACUUGGAAAGCACCAUUCCUUGGCUUUUGGGAAAUCUCCUGUAAUAGUCCUCUACUUGACAAUGAGGUUAUUGUCUAAACUUAGUCUAUUAGCCAACGAUAUUGGCUUCAUAUUCAUAUUAUGAAUCUUUGAUUUAGAAAGAUGAGAUGGACUGUGGUGACUUGGUUGUGACUAAAAGUAGGCUAGAACUGACUCAGGUUUGUAGAAGGAAACUAAGAUUCCUUCUACAAACCUGUAAAUCCAAACACAUUAGAUAGUGGUUCUUCCAUGAAUCAUUUUAAGCAAACACAUAUUUUCUAAACGAGGUACAUAUUGAGCGUUUUCUACUUCGAUUAAAUUGAUCCCCAGGGCCUAAAUUUAUUUUCUUGACUAACUACCACAGGAAAAGGUGGCAUGCUUAAAAGAUAAUGAUGCAAGACUAGCACUUGACCCUGUUGAUAGUUAUAAAAUCCAGGUAAAGACAUUUUUUUGCAACUUAAACUUUUUCAUAUUUCAAUAUUUUCUCACACAAUUUGCCUUUUCAAUGCGAUAGACAAAGCCUCAUGGUCACGGUGAUGUCCAUGCACUUCUCUAUUCUAGUGGUCUCCUCAAUGUAUGGUAUGCCUUCUUCAUCCACUAAAGUAGCAUCAUCAAUUAAAGAUGUAUAUAUCCAAUCACGAAUUCACGUAUAGAAUUCCACAGCAUCAUACAGAAAUGCUGUCGCUUUUGUAUCAUGAUGUAUAUCUGGAUAGAUGUAAUACAAAAGUAUCUACAACGUAUGCAGGCAUGAUGCAGGUCUCAAAUGGGUUCUAUUCUUUCAGGAUACUAAUGGUUUGCUCUUCAAGGUUCAGCUAAUUUUCCAUUUUCCCCAUUUACUUGUCUUUGGAAAAACGCCAUUUUUCUGGAGAAAAUGUGGCACUUUCAUGCUUCGUUGUUCUUGUUUAGGCGAUUCCUGCAUCGUUGGGUGUAAGCUCUACGAAAGGGUACCAUGUCAACUCUCUCGCUGUUCCCCGCAAGGCAAAAGAAGCUAUUGGAGGGAUUACGAAACUUACUCACACAGAUGGUGAUCCACUUUGUCUCCUUCAUACUUUUUCUGUUGUAGAUUUUUUUUGAUUAUGUAUCAGACCUUUAUAAAAAACAUUUGAAGUAGAAGCACCAGAUAUUCAUUAAGUAAGAUGAAAAUAUUUAGAAUUCUUCCGAGCUACACUUUGCUGGAUUUAUUUUGUGGAUAAAUAUAGUUGAUCUAGAUAACUUCUACAUAGAAUCUAGGCGCUAGAUGAAGAAUUACGUUGAUAUGCUUAUCUAAAUAGUGGACGCUCUGAAGCUUCCUACGUUGACAUUUAGCCAAGCAAUAGGUUAUUGAUCUUAAUCCGUUUGAUUGGUAAAUGCCUGUUUCAAGGUGAAAACUGCACUCGUAGGAUCGACCACUCACAAUUAGUAAAUGCUACCUUACCGAAAAAAAGCAUGAGGGGGGAGAAAUCCUCAUAAUGGGAACUUUAAAAAAUAUGAGAAACAGGAGCAGUGUUCUGGUAUGUAUCUCAUUGUAGACGUCAGAAAAAUCUAUUUCUAGGAAUUACAACAUUUUGUUAGGGUUUUCUGUUUUGUGAAACUUGGUCAGACUCUUGUCAAUUGGGAUUUAGUCAAGACUCUGGUCGUUGAUAUGGUUAGAGUGGUCUGGAUCGCAUUGUUAACGUUUUCUUUUAGUACUUAUCUGUAAAAGAGAUUUAUUAAACACAUCCGAAUCAUAGAUGAGACAGGUCAAGUCAUAGCCAAGUUGUCUUUCCGAGUCCCGAUAUGAUCCUCAGUUAGCAAAAUCUUGAUUCGAUUAUGAAAUUAGUUAUUCAAUUUAACUCUAUGGUCGUAUGAUUUAAGAUUAGGCCUUUAGUUCUCGUAAUAAUUCAUGAAAAAACAUUUCAGGUCGGGCAAUGGUUAUUAAUGUGGAGUAUAAUCAGCUUGAUCCUUUACUUCGGGCAAGUGGAUACGUUGAUGGAGAUGCGAAUUGUGAAACAGGGUUCUCACCUUUUCCGGGGAACAUUAACCAGGUUUUUUGUGAUAGUGAGAGGAUUUAUUUUUCAUUAUUGACUAACAUAGAUGUAUGUUUUUUUUACCUGCAUAUAGUUAGUAUUUUUUUACUGUAAAUUUUGAUGUAGCUAGCAUAUUGCGAAUGUUGCAUAUUUUCUUCAGAUCCGAUUGAUAAAAAAAUGCCAAUAUCGCCUAGAUUGGAGUUACAAAUUUUUCACCACUCUUGUGGAUUCCAUUAUUUCCUGUACUAAUUGUGAAAGUCGUCCUUCUCCGACUAAAAUUUCGUAUAUCAUGUGUAGGUGGGGUCCUGGUGAGAGUAGAGGGAUGUUCAACAACGCAGUAGUUACAUGUCUGUGGAGGAACGGUUCCAAAAUCAUGGAGGAAGAGACCAUAGGCGAGGUAGAAAAUGGUCUAUGGUUACUCAGAAUUGGUCGUUAUCUUUGCUUUUCUAGAAAAUUAACAUCAGAACAGAUUUAUGGCUGCGUGUGCAUAUCAGGAGGAAAAAAUUACAUUAAUUGGGUUCUGGAAAGAACUCUGGUACACAACUGAUCAAAUGGCUGCUAAAGUUGGUAGAAUAUUGGAACGAUACUUCAAAUAAGAAAUAAGACCGGGAAAAGAGUUUUUUUGUCAAUAAUAAACACUGCAGAGUCUGCCGUUAAAGAAUUAAUCAGACUGUAAUAUGUAAUGAUGCAUACUAAUUUUGAGGAGAUGGAUAAAGACAAAAGAAGGAAAUGCGAACCGAAAGGCUGUUUUCCAAUUAAGCCUUUGCUUGAAAAGUUUGAGGAUGGAUAUUAUAGGUGGAAAACUCGAGUCUAGAUUGCUUUUCCAUGAAAUAUCCUUGUAGUAACUCCCCUCUAAUGUGAAUUAAAGAAGUCAGCAUGGUAAAUGAGAAUGUUAUGCUCUGCAAUACACUUAGAGUCUAUAGAUGAUCUGUCUGUUGGAUACAGAAAUAGUUGAUGUAACCUGGUAAUUUAUUUUAAUGGAAAUCAAAUUUUAAUGUUAGAAGUUCAGGGGAAUUGAUUUAUGAAUGACCCUAUGGUUUGGAUACUAGAGUUGAUCUUAAAAGAUAUCAGUGGAGCAUCUUGUAAACGGCGAUUAGGUGGUGUGGUAUUUUUGGAUUGAGAUUAAACUUUAUGAAAUUUUCAUGGAAGAUGCUCUGAGGCAUUUGAAUUGUUACCUAGAAUGGUGUAAUUGGUGGAGGACUUGUCAUCAACUACAGACAGGAGAGAAGCUACUGAUAUGGUAUAUAUGGAGCAAAGCUCCUGAUAGGCAACUGGCAUACGGAACAAAACAGCUGCAUCAGCCAACAUGAUUGAUCCCGCCUACAGUGGGUUGGGGAUCUCGGAAGGCUUAGAAUUCGUCUGGAGAGUAUGGCUGUCAUGUAUAUGUAUGCCGACAGAAUGAACGAGUACCAUACUCUUUCGUGGGUAGGAGAGGCAUGGUCUUUGGGUGCCUAUCUUCUAGUGCACGCUCCUACCAAUGACUUGAAGAGAGUGUGAAGACAGGGUGGUGAACCUAGUUGCAUGUAGGUGCAGAGACCACAUGCUUAAUGGGUGGCAGCCAUGUUUGUCAAUUCAUUACUCUUGAACUGUUUUCCAUCCUGUAGCUUAUGGCAUGUCUGGUCCCGCUGGAUCGACAGUGAUGAGGAGCUUGUUGCACCCGCUCCAUGAACAUUGGCAGGGCAUCUUCUUGCCAUGGAAGAUCCAGUAGUCAAGGAUGUUCCCUGGUUAGAGCUGCCGAUGUUGAUGAGCCCGGUGUAGUCAGGUGACAGGACAGGGAGGGAAGUUGGGUCGCAUGCUUUUACGAUGCAGACUUCAAGAAUUAGUUUACUUCUCACUUUUCUUCCCAGACUCUGCGUUAUUUCAUGAGCUAAUAACCCAUCCUUUUUAUGGGUUGGAGUGUCACAUAGAAGUGAUGCCAUAGUUUAUGGGUUGGCUAGGCUAUGUAAUGCGGGAAGAAUUACGUCAUUUCCUCUGUUGACCUAACCGUAUUUAACUAUGGUCUGCUCCUCUUAAAGUAACAGAUCAUCACACAAGUCUAGAAGAGUGAUCAUGACAAUUGAAAAACAUUUGUUCAAGCUCGAAAAAAAAAGGCCCAACAAGGUUACCACGCCCCCAGAUUGGCCAAUAUUUUAGCAAAUACCAUCUCAAGAUACGAUAUUUUCUAGUAUAAUUUUCUAAACUGUGACCCGAGGAUUAAUUUGGCAUGAAAUAUGAGAACAUUCAAGUGCUGGUGACCACCUGCAGGCUGAUUGUUUAUCUUUUCUUUUUUUUCACACAUGUGCCACAUCACGCAGCCCUAGAACGAGACUUCUGUAUAAUAACUGAAAGCAUCAAAUCCAGAUCUCAAACUACCUUCUGUAUGUAGAAACUUUAUGAAUUGGUCAUGAACAGUUGGGAACUGGUUCAUGAGAAAUAAUCCACCAUCACAUUUAACUGAUCAAUUGAGGUAUGUGAACUUAUGUUAUUUAUUCCUGAAAUACUCAAUUUUGAUCUAUCUUUUCACUUGCUAUAUAGCAUUAUUCAACUUUUCCAAUUGGCGCAGUCUACUGGUCUUUCAAGAAGGGAAUCUAUUGGUCAUAAUUUUUCCUUGUCCAGAAACUUUGUAAUUAUCCACGACAGAGACGGUGGGUGCUGAUAUUGACUAGCGAAGAAGAUUGCUUUAGAACUGAUGCUGAUUCCUUAAAUUUUUUGCUUAUAAACUAAAACUGAACAACCCUAUCCAGAUAUUGUAGGAAAGCUAGUUUUUAUCGAAAAUGAAAUAUAGAAUUAUUGAUCUCUACACCAUAUGUUCAAUCGGUAAUUUUCUGUCGUUGUUGUGGUUUAUUCUUAGACCUAAUAACCCAUCCUUAGUGAUGCCUAUAACACAUGAUCCAUCUGUAAUUUUCAAUCAGUAAUGUGCGAAUGUACACCACAGUAUUGCAUUCAUAUAUUCCAUCGUUGCAAUUUAUGCCAACGGAGGAGGGCAAGAACUUUAACUUUCUUGCAGUAAGAUAUUUUCUUAUAAAACCAUUAAUUGAUUUUCUAGGAACGGAUUGUGUGAUAUAGCUGUAUAUUUUUUUGGUGCAGUUGAUUCUGGAGCUUGAUUCCUAUAGGCAAGAACUUACGAAAACACAUGGAGCCAUUGCAGAGUUUGUGAAUCCCAAGUAAUGUCUACUCGCUUUCCAAAUAUGGAUAUUUCUGGGCUUAGGUUCUAAUUGCUGUUGAAGAACUCUGAGUUUUCUUGGUUCAUAUUUGGUUCGAAAAUCCCAAUAUUUUAUACAUGAAUUUUUUAUUUUUUAAUUAAAAAAAAAUGUUCCAGGUACAAGGAUUCCACCAAAACUUCUUUCAAGUCAUCGACCAGAUUGGAGUGUAUGAUGCAAGACUACCCUAAAACCCUGCCACCAUCAGCAAUAGUUGGAUUUACGGUAUGCCCAUUAGAAACUGGGUGAUUAAUUUAGACCUAAAGUGAAACAUUAUAUGCAUAUUGAACAUGCAUCUGCUGCUAGGAAUCAUUAUUCUUAUGAUGUUCAUUUUCACAAAGACAGGCCUUGCGCUGUUGGAAAAUGGUUCAUUUUCUUCUAAUCAUGAAACUAUGUUUCCUUAGUUUAUUUUGGCUUGACCUUCUUUCCAUUUCUGCCCUUGCUAAGCAUCUUAUUUCUCUUCAGGCAUGUAAGUAUGAUCGUGCUUUGACUAAAAUGCCAACUGACCAUUCAUACAGUGGAUCUCGUCAACCACGCCUUUACACGCAGUGCAUGUCAUCUAGGGGGCUAACUCUUCUGCUAUGUUCAUAUAUAUGGUUUCAUCCAAAGAUGAUCCUUGUUCUUCCCUGUUUAGGUCUUGGACUCUUGGAUCGCCUAUGCACCAGUUAAGAACAACCCAGAAGAUGCUGCUAAGGUAAGUAGUACGAUCAAUUGAUGGCUGUUAGUCGAUUUUAUUGCCACCAUUAGUUUCUGCCUGCUGAUGCUGUGUUUUCCUUUGUUUCCAUAGAACCGUUUACCCUUUCUAGCCUGUGAGCUUGAUAUGAUGCCUCUUCUGGAACAUACCUCAUCAUUUAGCUUGUCUAGGGGUUGACCCCAGGGUCCAGGGAAGGCAGAAAACGGGCUUUGAUCUUGGUUGCUUGGCCUCCUCUUUCCAAGAGCCACCCAAUCCUCAUUGACAUGAAUAUUAUCUAAUUAAAAUGAAUUAAUCUGCUCUAAUCAUGAUUUUUCAGAAUUUCCCCAAAUAGAAAAAUGGAAAACAAUGAAAUGGAUGGAUUUCUUUGACUUGAUGGGUAGAUGCAACGGGCCCGUGUUCUUGACAGAUUGAUUUCCCUGUUUUCCUUGAUUAUAGGUCCCAAAGGGAAAUCCAUAUCACAGUGCAACCUCCGGAGAGAUGGCAAUCUACAGGGCCAACAGUCUCAUCCUCAGAAAGGUAGCUCCCCUCCCAUUCUCUCUCUAGAAACAUCUUUCAUCAUUCUUCUAUGAGACUACAACUAUAGUUCAUGGCCUGCAAAGGGCCUCGACCUGAAAGGUAGCUGCUGUUUACGCUUCUAGUCAACUCUUUCUUCCAGGCUGGCGUCCAGGUGGCCGAUCCCGUGGUCGACUCGUUCAACGGCCAAGAGGUGGAGGUGUGGCCGCGCAUCGCGUGGAGGGCCAAGUGGGCCCCGACAUUCUCUGACGUGAGGAGGAAGGUGGGCGGCAGAUGCUCCAUCUCUCAGAAGUCAACCCUGGUGAUCAACGGCCGAAAUGUCUAUCUCGAAGACCUUACCUUGGAAGGCUCCCUCCUAGUCAACGCGGUUGAUCAAGCCGAGGUCUGCGUAAAUUGAGUGCCCUCCAUCCUCAUCAGCGGUUGACCAAGUCCUGACAGUCGCAGUAGCCCCUCCUAGCGUCUUGGCUCGCUAGACUGAGCUCUGAUGAGCAGUGUGAUUCGAUGUUCUUGCAGGUGAGAGUGGGGGGCUCUGUUCGGAACAGAGGCUGGGCCCUGGAACGCGUUGACUACAGAGAUGACUCCAUGCCCGAGGAGCUGCGGAUCAGAGGUUUCAAGAUUGAGAGGUUGGAGCAGGAGGAGGCGAACUUCACAGAGCCCGGCAAGUUCUCCCUCAACUCCUGA